AAUUAUUGAUAAAUUAUGUAAAAAGUGCAUAGUAUAAAUUAUAAUAUAAAUCAUACGUGCUGCUUCAUUUGGAUUUUGACGUAUCGAAGAAAAGAUGGAUAAGAAAGGAAUCUAACUGAACAAUUUCUGCCAACAUAACCUUCCUCGGAGUAUGAAAUGUGAUCGAACAUGCUACGAACAUAAACAAGCAUUUGGAUAAAAAAUACAAAAUUGUUUGACACAGUAUUAGCUUAAAUAAAAAGUUAUGUGUUCAUGAGUGAAAAGAAUCAAAAUACAAGAUGGGAACUUUUGCAUCGAGACUCUCGCGACCUUUGAGGAAUUGGAACAUCGAAAAUCGAGCCCACAAAGCCGUUUCUCGAGACAAACCCAAGCCUGCACCAACUUAUGAUUCAACUAAGAAACAAAUAGAAUUAGUAAACAAACUUGAUCCACAGUAUAAAGACAAAGCGAGCACAAAAAAUGUCCAAUUAGAUGAAAAUUUGAAGCAAGUCUUUGUAAGGUCUAAUACAGCUGAGGUUCAAGAAAUUGAUACACGAGCAGAUCCUGAGAAGCCACUACCAAAAGAUAAAUAUUUACCAGAAGAGUUUGAGUUUGGUUUUUAUGAAGAAACUCAGGAUAUCCCUGGCAGAAUAUCAUUAAGGAGAGCAAUUGAAUUAAUUGGUAAGAGAAAUGCAGAUCCAAAAAUUAAUUCCAUUGAAGCUUUAGCAUCAGAAUAUAAAUUGGAACCAAAAACAGUUGAAAAUAUCUUAGAAUAUUAUGGUAUUUUCAAAGUAGUAAACUUUGAACACAAUUAUCAUGGUGAUACUAUAGCUAAACCCAUCAGAAUAUCAUUGAAAUCUGGUAUAACGAUUAAGCACACCGAAAAGAAGAAAAAGAAGAAGCAGACACCAGUAGAGGAACCUCCUCUCAUCGAAGUUACCAGACCUGAUCAAAUGAUAAAAAAGAUUGGAGAAAAGUAAAGCCUGUAAAAGCUAUUUAUAUGUUAAUAUGUUGUUGAAUUGUUGUGUACAUAAUAUGUGAAUAAAUGUAUUCAUUAAAAGUA